UCGUCCGCCGCUCUGCGCCAUGGCGGGCUGCAUGGCGCGGGCUCCGCCAGGCUCGGAGGCGCGUCUCAGCCUCGCCACUUUCCUGCUGGGAGCCUCGGUGCUCGCGCUGCCGCUGCUCACACGCGCUGGCCUGCAGGGCCGCACCGGGCUGGCGCUCUACGUGGCUGGGCUCAACGCGCUGCUGCUGCUGCUCUACCGGCCCCCGCGCUACCAGAUAGCCAUUCGAGCAUGUUUCCUUGGUUUUGUCUUUGGCUGCGGCAUGCUGCUAAGUUUUAGCCAGUCUUCUUGGAAUCACUUUGGCUGGUACAUGUGCUCCCUGUCAUUGUUUCACUAUUCUGAAUACUUAGUAACGGCAGUUAAUAAUCCCAAAAGUCUAUCCUUGGAUUCCUUUCUCCUGAAUCACAGUCUGGAGUAUACUGUAGCUGCCCUUUCUUCUUGGAUAGAGUUCACACUCGAAAAUAUCUUCUGGCCAGAACUGAAGCAGAUCACCUGGCUGAGUGCCACUGGGCUGCUGAUGGUGGUCUUUGGGGAGUGUCUGAGGAAAGCAGCCAUGUUUACAGCUGGUUCCAAUUUCAACCACGUGGUGCAGAACGAAAAGUCAGACACUCAUACUCUGGUGACGAGUGGAGUGUACGCUUGGUUUCGGCACCCUUCUUACGUUGGGUGGUUUUACUGGAGUAUCGGAACCCAGGUGAUGCUCUGUAACCCAAUCUGUGGGGUCGCCUACGCCUUGACGGUUUGGCGGUUUUUCCGAGAUCGAACGGAAGAGGAAGAGAUCUCCCUGAUUCACUUUUUCGGAGAGGAGUACCUGGAGUACAAGAAGAGGGUGCCCACGGGCCUGCCUUUCAUCAAGGGAGUCAAGGUGGAGCUAUAACGGGCAGUGGAGGGCCAGGCGGGGCUGAGGGCCUGGUUCCAUGCAGCCUGGGACGAGACCAACCGCUCUGGCUGGCUACCCUGGAAGAAAAACUUUCUUAAUCAUUUUAUAUGUUACUAAAUACUCUUCUGGAAUGUUACUCAAGACCAAACGGUCAGAAGGCCUUAGGACUAAAAGACCCACCAGGUGAUUUCAUUCCUGUGCUGAAUCGAGGUCGGACAGAUGAGAGGCCAGUGAGGCGCAGGCAACAGCAAUACUCAGCAACUGCUUCAACACCACCUGGCAGAAGACGAGGCUGUGCCCCAUUUCCCCACGAGGCAAGAGUGUGUCUGAGUUAUAACAGACACCCUGGGAGAGAUGGGCCCCUGUCUGCAGCAAAGCUUCUGCGGCAGAAAGCAGGCAUCCAUGCUUCUUAGCAUUAGAAAUACAUUUAAACCCUUUCGUUUUAACAGGAAACCCCAAACAGCACAGCUUUAACCUCUUUAUUUCUGUCCUCAAAUGCAUGAACAUCUAUACACUUUUAAAGAUAACUUCCUUAUAAGAUGUUUUGGCUAGUCAUAUUUAAUCGUAUUUAUAUAUCUAUUUUUUAUAAUAGCAGUGUAGAUUCCAAGGGGCCUCCUUUCGGGUUUAUAGCUGCAGCUUUUAUGGGUCAGCAAGUAAGCAGAGACACCUCAAGACGCUCUGGCCCGGUGUGGCUUUGUGUCGUGUUAGUGACACCAGCCACACUGACCCUAGCCCCCAGUCCAGGGAGACCCCAGAUCCCUUUGGGUUCUCCCGAGAUCUUUGCACCUGCUCUUCUCCCAAGGGAGGACUGUUACCAGUGACAGGCAUGUCAAAGAUGUGUCCUUUUCCCUUUAGCCAACAAGUGCUUAGUGAAUGCCUGCCUGCUUCAUGCAGGGUGUCAUUACAAGGUGAGAAAUAUCACUCUCCGUUUAUUUGGGAUUUUAGUCUCAUUUUACCAUCGCUUAGUUUUUUGUGUUUCACUUUAAAUCUGUUAACUAUUGUUUCCCAUGUUAUGCUCUCCAAAUCCCGUGGUUCCUAAUGCUGUUUCAAACUGUCUUUUCCAAAGGGGUUUUAGCGAAUACAACUAAAAUUCAAGCAAAUCGACUCACGAAAAUAGUCUUAAAUAGAGCAAGUAACCCCACUUGAGUCGGGUUUUUUUUUCCAAGUUCGAGGAGAGUGGUUGGCUUUAUGAGUCAGACAUUAAGCUUUAAGAGGUGCAAAGCUUAUUUGAUUCUGGAGUAGAUUUGGAACUGGGUCUCGGUGUGCAACCCUCCCGUUUGGUUUCGCAGUGGCACUGAUGAAGUGUGAAUGUGAAGGCGGCGUGGCCCCAUGGCCAGAGCCCAGCUCCGCCACCACGUCAUGCCACGAGGCCUACGAGGAGCCACUUAACCUUUCUGUGCCUAGAUCUCCCCAUCUGUAAAAUGGGGUCAAUACCACCUACCUCACAGGGGUGUUGUGAGGCUUUAGAAGAAUAAUGCCAGACAUUUUUAAUACUUAGAUGAGAAAUUACAUGAAUGAAAUCUAUACUGUAUAAGAAAUACAUGAAAACUACAUGAUAAAGGAGACAUUUGGUUAACUGUACCAGACACCUAAAAUGUAUGUUCAGAAGAGAAUUUUAUCAAUUCAGAAUAUUACUCAUUUUUAGAUUUCAUUGCUUAAUUAAUUUUCUUGUUAUUAUAAAUACCAAAGAGGCUUAUGGGUUCGUUGAUUGCUGGUGUGAGAGGUGCUGGUGUGAGAACUAGACAGACGGCCCACUGCCCUCACUCUGGUCUUGUGAUUAGAUUCUAGAUGAGGCCUUUGCAGGAGCCAUCAGCGGCGUAUUUCUUUGGAGUGGACCCUCCCCGCUGGGAUAGGAGCGUGCACAUACUCUGGGGACUUGAGUUGGUUGCGUUGGUCUUACACUUGCUCUCCAAACCACGCUUAGCAAAGCAGACUCCAUGUGGUAGGAUUGCAAGCUUGGAGAAGGUGCAGCUGGGUUCUUGGCAGCCACUCCCAGCUCUUGAAGGAAAGUCCUUUCUUAAUGUGU